AUGGCUGUCGAUCCUUUCUUUGCAAGUACUCGUAAGCGUAAGAGACCAACAAAGACUACUUCAACUGGACCCAAGAAGCCAUCAAAGGGUCGUCUCAACAAAAAACAAGACAGCGACCUUGAAGACGACAACGAUGAUGAGGAUCAAUUCAACGCCAAUGUGUCUGCUGAAAGCGAAGCCGAAUCUUCAGAAGAAGAAAUCGUAGAGACUGCUGCUGAAAAGCGUGUUCGUCUUGCUAAAGCUUACUUGAACAAUAUUGAAGAAAGUUUAGAAGAUGGCGAUGGAUUCGAUGCAGCUGAUCUUGACCGAGACUUAAUUGCAGAGCGUUUAAAGAAAGACGAUGAUGAAAGCGAAGGUCGACUUCAUUUACGCAUUGCAGAUACAUUUAAAUUAGACAACAUUGAGGCAUUAAAGACACACACAACGCGCGGUCAUCAACUUGCAGUGACAGCAGUUGCAUUAUCCGAAAAUGGAUCCAUUUACUAUUCAGCUUCAAAAGAUGGAUCUAUUGUCAAAUGGGAUGCAAAGACAUUUCAAAAACUACACACAUUUCUCGGUGGAAGAAAAGGCGUCAAGAAUUUUGAUGGACAUACAGACCAUAUCUUGUGUCUUGCAAUAAGCCAUGAUGGUCAAUAUCUUGCCAGUGGUGGUAAAGAUAAAGUGAUCAAUCUCUGGUCCGUCAAAGAGAACAAGCACAUUGCCAAGUUCACUCAGCACCGAGAUACUGUCUCUGGCCUUACUUUCCGUAAAGGACAAAACCAGUUAUAUUCUGCAUCUCAUGAUCGUACCAUCAAAGUAUGGAAUAUUGAUGAACGCGCUUAUAUAGAAACAUUGUUUGGUCACCAAGACCAAAUCACAGAUAUUGAUACCCUUGUUCGAGAGCGUUGUGUAUCAACAGGUGGUAGAGACAAGACAGCGAGAGUAUGGAAGAUUGUGGAAGAAUCACAACUAGUGUAUAGAGGUGGUAUUUCCACUAAAAAUGAAGACGGUAAACUGCUAUAUCUUGAAGGUUCACUUGAUUGUAUAUCACAAAUCGAUGAAAGUAUGUUUAUUACUGGUGGUGACAGUGGUGUUAUUUCAUUAUGGGAAUUGAACCGUAAAAAGCCAAUGUACUCAGUCUCUAUGGCUCAUGGAUUAAAUACAGUCAAGAGUGAAACAGAAGGCGAUAUCAACACACCUUAUUGGAUUACAGCUGUUGCAUCUCUAAGAUAUUCUGAUCUGUUUGUGUCUGGAUCUUGGGAUGGUUAUGUGCGUCUUUGGAAAUUAGCAACUGACAACAAGAGUUUUAGUCAAAUUGGACAAAUUCCUGUUGAAGGGGUUGUUAACAGCAUUCAGAUCAAGACAGCUUUUCCUUCAAAACGUACACUUUUGGUUGUGGGUGUUGGUCAAGAACUAAAGUUGGGUCGUUGGAUUCGAAUGAAGGGUGUCAAGAAUUGUACAAAAGUAAUUGAACUUGAAUUUUAG